ACAGAAACAGGCUAAAAAUAAGUAAAACAUAACGCAUAUAACACCAGUGCUUCCGUUGAAAAAAAAAACACCAGAGAAGCUUAUAACCAGCAAUUUGAGCUAGUAUGGCAGAGACAGCGGAGGAUGACCUCUGGGUGGAAUUUCAAAAGUUGCGUCAAAAGAAAAUGAACGAAUUGGAAAAACAGCAAAAGAAAACGAGUGUGUUUGGAAUCCAGAAACAGCACCGUGAUCCAGAACCACCUAAACUUGUCCUCUCUAUCAUCGGUGAUUCAAAAAGCUUUGUACCCAAACCAUGGAUAACAUCAGUAUUUAAACAAGGACUCAUUGAAACUGCAAAAGGCGCAAAAGACAGUUUGAUUCUCUACAAGGGUUCGUCGGAAAAGGUUAGCUGUAUCGUAAGAGAGGCAGUUGAGGAUUUCAAUAAAUUGCAAUCAGGAGGUGAUGAUGUCUUUAUAAGUCUAGUGGGAAUUCUACCGGAAAGCAUGUGUGAAACCGCAAUCGGUCUUGAUCACAAACAAAUCCAUCGUCAUGACGAAAAAAACACUAAAUACGGAUGGAACCAUUGGCAAAAGAAGAACAGCGACUGCCUGCUUGGAGAAAUGUAUCAUGUUUGGAUACGUGACAAUGGGUCAUAUGCCGGGUUUCAUGCUUCCGUACUGAAAGAAAUAGCACAAAACAAAAUAUCUUUCAUGACUCUCGAAAGGAAGGCGUUGGAGUGGAAUGUUCCAGUUCUAACAAUAGUAGUCGAGGGUGACUUAGAUACAAUAGAAGCUGUAAACCAGGUUCUGAAGCAAGACCUGCCUAUACUGAUUAUAAAAGGUUCGGGCAAAGCAGCUGAUUUUAUUGCUGAAUUCAUUGAAAAUGAUAAAAUUAGUAUAACUGAAUACAUCAAAGACAAAACACCAUUGUUAUUUGGUAUUGCCUCUCAUGACCUCAUGAACAGAGAAUUUGUCAGUAGUUCACAAAAGCAUGAAAAAAAUGACCUGAAGUCAAUCAUGAAAGCAAUUCAACAUAACAAAAGCUUGAUAACGAUCCUUGAUGUAAACAAACAAACACAGCCACAAGAUUUUACAGAUGCAGUAACAAGGGCAAUCAUUAGUAGUUGGUCUCGAACCAAACCUGAUGAGGAGAUUUAUGGCAACGAACAAUUGAAACCAGUACUAAGCUAUUAUCGUGCUUCUAUCAACGCCGAGCAAUCUGACUAUAAGACAUUACCAGCUGAUAAUAAGAAAGUUAAGGAAUCCUUGAAUGAAAUACUGACUCCGUCAUCUUUACCACUUUAUUAUUACAUCGCAUAUCAGUUGAUACAAGAAAUGCAUGGAACGAAAGUGACAAAAACUGAGAAUUUCAAUAUGCUGUUAAAAGCAGCUAUUGUAGCUGACAGAGAUGACUAUGUGUCGGUACUAUUAGAAGAAGAAGGUGUAGAGUUUGAAGAUAAAUACUUUCCAGAUAUUUAUACGGAAACGAUUCGAUCUCAUCAAAAAGCGAAGAUAGCCCUUCAAAAUGUGUUCAAGUGGGGUUCCUCUAAACAUAUUCAGCAGUUUAAGGAGUUAUGCUUUCCCUCAGAAGUGUGGAAAAAGAAAAAGGACAAACAAGUUAAUAAAAUUUCAUCAAUUGAAGUUUGUAUGAUCGGAGGUCGACAGAUUUGUCAGGAAUUGUUGGGUUAUCGUAGAGAUAAUUCUCUGAACAGAAAGGAAAAAUGGUCUGCAUAUCAAGAUCUUCUGAUUUGGGCAAUUUUUGUUAACAGACCAAAACUAGCUACCUUAUUCUGGAUGAAAUGCGAACAACCACUAUUGUGCGCAUUAUUGGCUAGCAGUGUAUACAAGAAAAUGGCAGCAAGUGCUACUGACCUAGCAACAAAGUCUGACAUGAUUGCUGAGUCAAGGAUCUUUGCAGAAAGAGCAUUAGAUUUGCAAGCGAGAUUGUAUGACGAUGACGCCGAGCUUGCAAUGGAUUUAGUUAUGACAGAAAAAAUCGUUUGGGACAUCAGCAUAAGUCCAAUGCAGUGUGCCUAUGAACAUGAUAUGCUGGAUGUUCUUGCUCAAACCUGCCCACAACGACGUUUAAAUAAAAUAUGGUAUAGCGGAAUAAGUUCUAGUCUGGGAGGAUUUUGGAAGAAAGGCUGUUUAAAAGCUUGGUGCUGUUGCUGCAAGAAAUGUUCAUCGGAUGAAGGACCAAAGGUUUUUGUCGCUCCUCUAACAAGGUUUUUGAUUCAUUACGUAUUCUUCUUUGGCGUUUUAGUAUGUUACAGUGCCUUCCUAUUACAAAUGGAUGUUUUUCAAGGAAUAGUCUCAUUUGACUUCAACGAAAUAGCUGUGUAUGUGUAUCUAGUUGGAGACAUUUGUGAAGAGUAUAGGAAUGCGUUUCAAAAGAAUGCUUGCACUAGUUGUUUAUCGUUGGAUUGUAGAUGUAGACAUGAAAACACACCACGUCAUUCCUGUUGGUAUAGAUUGAAGAAAUAUCUAUUUAAUUUUUGGAACAUCCUAGAUGUUCUUUCAUUUGCGCUGACCAUCGUGGCUAUAUGGGUCCGUGUGUUCAGGUCAACAAAAACAAACAAGACCUACCGACGUUUUUUCAGCAUGAGUCUAUUUGCGAUGUACAUGAGAUUUCUUCAUAUCCUAUUGAUGUCAAGGAAACUUGGACCAAAAAUCAUCAUGAUAAAAGAAAUGUUAAAGGACCUCUUCCGAUUCAUUGGGAUUUUAUUUGUAUUUAUGGUUGGUGUUGGAGUUCUGUAUCAUGCAAAUAUGUAUCCAGCACACAAAGAUAUGUGGAGUUCAGUUGAUUGGAAGUACUGGAGAAUAUGGAAAAUCAUUUAUAUUCCAUACUGGCAAAUAUAUGGCGAAUCUAUGUUAGAGGAGUUUGAAGAAAAUAAAGACGCUUCAUGCACUAAAAUACAGAGCGUCUGGGAGAAUAACCCGUCUAUAGAGCGAUGCAAUGAGUAUGAUUGGAUACUCGUUGUGAUAACUGCUUUGUAUAUGCUGAUGUCAAACCUCCUCCUUGUCAAUCUUCUGAUAGCAGUGUUCAGCUAUCGAUUUGAACGAGUACAGGAAAAUUCUGAGAAGUUAUGGCGAUACUUGAGAUAUGAAGUCAUUAUGGAUUAUCGCACUAGAAUACCUGCACCUCUCAACCUUGUGAUCAGACCAAUAUUUUUCGUCGUUAGCAAGUGUUUCAAGUGCAUUAAUCAUAUAAGAAAGAUUGACACCAAAGAAAAUGCCAAAGCUGCUGCACGUAAAAGAAAAAUCAACGCUCUACAGUCUUUGAAUGCAAUUAAAUGCGUAUACAAAUUUUGAGAUGACACACAGAGGACACAAGUAUAUCGAGUGUAUUGAAAAGAUCAUAAUUAACUUAUACUAAAAAGAGAAAUCAGAAAGGUACAAGAAAUACAAAUUGGCACGUGAAACAUUUGAAGAGAAAAUGUAUAGUAUGACACACAUGUACAUAGCCUUACACAACCUUAAAAUUGUUUUAGAUCUAAUAGCCUUAACGAAGUAUGUAUUCUUUAAAAUGUAUUGAUACGAUACUUUUUAUUGGUUUAUAUUUCAUGGUGAAGCAUCUGAAAUCACAUGGACACAAUUUAUAAAAAUAAACACUUGAAAGAUAAUCAAGUCAUAAUGGUAUAAUCAGAUAUUAAUAUUUCAAUUGAUUUUGUUUAUCAAAAACUAAUUCUAACAAUAGCAAAUUUUACUUUUUGUGUAAGGGUUAAGAAACAUAUAUGAAAUUUUUCUAUGUUUAACCAAGAUUUUGUGGGCAAUAUGAUUUUACAUCUACAUUUGUUAAUAUAGUAUUUUUAAAAAUAUCAACUAAUUAUUAUGAACUGUUUUACUAAUUAUAAAGUCCUCAUAUACACCUAAAAUGUCCUCUUUUGUGUUGACAGGGAAUAAAAUGACUUAAUUUAUUAUCCAGUAUGUAAUGAUUCUGUAAUGAAUAGCCAGACAUAUUCUCUGUUUUCUGAACAAAAUGUACACAGUUAAGUUGUUUUUAAUGUACAUGUCAAUACCAAUGAUUUUUUUUAUAUUAUGUUUCAAUGCAUUUUGUUAAUCUGUGUAAUAACGCUCCUAAACCAGGUAGAAAUGGCGAGUUAAUUUCUCGUGUUAAGUUUAGAUCCCCGUGCACAUUUUAAUUCAAGAUUGCCUUCAAUUCUUACCAAGAUAUUAUUCAUAGAAAGGUCAGCAGAAGAAAAAAAAUUGAGCCAACUGCAGUUUGAUCAAAGCUUGUUUAGCGAGACACUUCCUGAUUUGCAUUUUUGUAAAAGUGAGCGAACAAUACUAUUGCGAAAAAACAGACAAACAGACAUUUAAUAGUACAUAAGACUCCGAAAGGUCAAGCAGUGAUUAAAUAGGAAAUUAUGAUGCAAAACAACAAUGGAGAUAACAAAAAUAUCGAAGGUUAUAGGAGUAUUAACGAAAUAGUUUUUUUUUAUCUGAGCAGUACUGUGGACACUUUUGUCGACAAAACGCGUGUCUUUCGUAAAAAGUUCAAUUGCUGCUUUCUAUGAUGACCUGUUAUACAAAUAGCUUAAUUGAACAUUGUAAAAUGCAUUUUAAGUGUUCCGUGUGCAGUUAUAUGAGUUUCUUGGCUUAUCUUUUUAUGCAAAAGCUCAGAAAGGAUAAUUGGGGUGUUAUAGCUAUGAGUUACUCCACUUUUGAGUUGUUAUAUAUUCAUAGCGUUUGAAUUGAUAGUUACUGUAACUAUUUCAGUUGUUAUCUGCCAUUUUUCAAUUUAAUUUUUAAGUAUCGCAAAGGAACGAUAUUUUUGCUUUUUUAUUAUUUUUUAUUUGUUAUAUAUGUUUAUUUCAUAUCUUUUUUUAUAUUUUUGUUAGCAAUUUUGAAAGAAUUUAAUGAGUAACUGUACACAUCCAAUGCUUUAAUUGUUUCUGAUGAGAGUAAGGGUACAAAAACAGUAAAAACUAUCACUUUUGACGUAUCACAUUAUUUUGUCAUCCACUACAGCCAACACUGUGUCGACUGGAUACGAAUUAAAAGAAAGUUAUUUACUGUUAUCACAUGUUUUGUAUGUAGUAAUUGCUUUUUUAUUUGUUAAAAUUUUUGUCAUUAAAAUUUCUGCUUGUA